UGGAGACGCCGUAUACUUCGCCCUGUGAGGUUCAUGCAGCCUCCCAGUUCCACAGUCCCUCACACCCGCCACCCCCCAGGGGAAAGCAGCCAACUGCCCACACUAUUCCAGCCGAUGUGAGGUGAGGUCGCAGAGCCGGAAGACGCUACUCAAUCGCGCGUCCCCGAGAGGCUUUUUUCCUUUCUUCCUUCUCUUCUGGCGGGAAAAUUGACUCCGCUCUUAAACGCAAAAAGGGCGAAGGCGCGCGGAAGUUCGUUUUCGCUCUUCCCCGCCCUGCUCCCGCCUGAGGGGCAGUACUGCAGAGAUAACGCUCUUCCGCACCGGGGAAAGACGAACGGCUGCAGUUCAGCUGGAGAGCAGCCGCUGCAGCCAGGGGGACUGCAUCUUCCGCGCCGCAACGACGGAGGAUCUUUCCUCCUCCUCUGGUGUGGUUUUGUCCUCGCCUUAGAAAAGCGAUUGACGUCCUUUCCCUGAAAUGGAACCGGCGGGAACAGCUCUCACAGGACCGGCAGCCGCAGGAACCUCGGCAUUCUUUUUGGCAAGAAACGAGCAGCAGUGUUUUUCUGAGCUCUUUUCGCUUUGCGGCGGCCAGCCUACUCCCGAGGCGGGACCGGGAUUGGGACCCCCCGCUGUCGGGGGCAGUAAAGUGGCAGAGUUGUUCAGGGCGUCACAGCUCCCAGCGGAGAUGCUCCAUCAGAUUACAGACUUGUGUGGUGCUAAACAUGUCGGUUAUUUUGGUCGUACUCAGUUUUAUGCUGCUCUGAAGCUUAUAGCUGCUGCACAGUCUGGUCUCCCAGUACGAAUAGAAAGUAUUCAGAAUGAAUUACCUUUACCUCGAUUUAGUGCUCUGAAAAGUGAUAGUGAAAUAAGGUACAUCAAUCUAUCAGAAGCACAUGGAGCAAAGUUUCAGAGUCCACAUACAAUCCUUGAGAUAAAUUGCUUCAGAAGAUCAGAUGAAGAAGAAAAACAGGAAGAAGCAAAGUCUCCUCCCAUGUCUCCCAUUGGUUCCCAUCCUGCUUCUCCCUCAAAUUACCAGAGAAUUCCUUUGGGUUAUGGAUAUAGUAUACUGAGAAGUGGGCUUGAGCAACAGCAUGGAGGUUCCUAUGAAGCUAGGCAUUCUAUUCAAGAUGGAUUGACUUCAGGGAAUUAUGGACCCAAAUCAAUGCCAACUCGCUCAUGUGUUAUACAGUCUCUUUCAAUAGAAAGAGAACCAAAGGACAGCAGUAGUAAUUACCCAGAUGACCUUUGGAGGGUAACUGAGGAACAACGGGACUAUUAUAUCAAUCAAUUCAAGUCUUUACAACUGGACCUCAACUCUUUCAUUUCAGGUUCUGUGGCUAAGAAUUUCUUUACAAAAUCUAAACUGCCAAUCCAUGAGCUUUCACACAUAUGGGAACUUAGUGAUGUUGACUGUGAUGGAGCAUUGACAUUAGCAGAGUUCUGUGCUGCCUUUCACCUUGUUGUUGCUCGGAAGAAUGGUUAUCUUUUGCCAGGUAGCUUGCCAGAGACGCUCUUACCUGACUAUCUUCACGCAGAUCUGAAAGUGAGUGAUUCUACCCAAGCAGUGCCAAAGGAACUUAAAGUACCUCAAUGUUUGCCUUUCAAAACAGUUGCUCAAGAAUCAAACAUACUUAAAAUGAGACCAAGAUCCAGGUCUUAUUCUAGCACAUCUGUUGAAGAUACAGUGAACAAAGGGGGAGAACCACCAGUUCCCCCACCACGACCUCAAAAAUCACAUUCCAGAGCUUCCUCUUUAGACCUAAAUAGAAUUUUCCAGCAAAACACUCAAGUUAGAUCAGGCUGGAUACCACCACCACCUGCUCUACCUCCCAGGCCCUUUGUGUCACAGGUUUCUCUUCCUCUCAUAAAUACUGCACCAAACAUGCAACCCAAAUCAAGCUAUAUGAACUUCAGUCUUCAGGAGCAGCAUAACUCUGGAAUGGCUCAAGCUUUUUCAACCAAACUUGGUACACAGAUGACUUACUCUCUGGGAAAAAAUACUGUGGAGAUAGAACAAGACUCUGAAAUAAACUCACAUUUGCCAAUGAACAUGUCCCCAUCACAAGAAAGCAGCCCAGCAAAAAAGGACCUUGUACUUACUCAGCUACCAUCAAAGUCAAUUUACAAGAAAUUCCGACCUGAAAGCCACAUGCUGGAGAACCAGGAAGUUUCUCCUACGAAAAGUGCAACUUCCUCUUCCUUAACUACCAUCAAACUUCAUCAUGCGUUUUCAAAACAGUCUUCAAAACAGAAGAAAGCUAUUCAGACUGCUAUUCGUAAAAACAAAGAAGCUAAUGCAGUGCUAGUUCGGUUGAACAGUGAACUCCAGCAACAACUGAAGGAAGUUCACAAGGAACGGAUUGCACUGGAAACUCAAUUGGAGCAACACCGACCUGUAACUGUCUUAUGACAUUAUUUUUACACACAGUUUGUUCUAUGAAACACGGCACUUUGUAUAAUAUGUUGGCUUUUUUUUUCUAAUAAGGCAACUUCAUCUGGAAGAAAUGGUUGCCAGAUAUCUUUACAUUUCUUGUACCAGUUACCUUGUUGGCAAGAAGAUGCACACCAUCCAAAUAACAACCAUAGUACGUAGACUACUUUCCCACUAAUCUAGCCAACCCUUUAUUUCCAAAGGACAGGGAGAAGGACAUUUAUAUUUUGUAUGUGUGUAUCCAAAAAAUUAGUUUAUAUUUUGCUUAAUACCGUCUCAUACUUUUAACUAUUAUUUUCAUAUGCUUUCUAUAAACAUUUAUAGGACAUUGUAUUUAUCAUGUAUAAUAUCUUCCUAGUUUCCCUAACUUGUUUUACGAUCACUAAUGACCUUUGGUAGAAGCACAAAUCUUGUUGUAUUGAUAAAAUAUAUCCACACUCUUCUUUCUACAACUUAUCACUGCAUAUCAAUUGCUUGCCUAUUUCUGGAAGCUGACCGGGAUGAAAUCCAGCAGGUUCUGGAGAACCAAUAGCGGAAAUUUUGAGUAGUUUGGAGAACCAGCAAAUACCACCUCUGGCUGGCCCCAGAGUGGGGUGGGAAUGGAGAUUUUGCAAUAUCCUUCCCCUACCAUGCCCAUCAAGCCACACCAUGCCCACCAAACCACGCCCACAGAACCGGUAGUAAAAAAAUUUGGAUUUCACCACUGAAGCUGACAUACUGUCACUGUUCUUAUAUUUCUGCUGCAGUUUGAAGGAAGCAAUGUACAGUAACCUGCAACCAUAGUUUAAUACACUGUGUACACAAUUAUUAGGCAAGUUGUAUUUUGGGGGAUUUAUUUCAUUAUUGAACAACUAUAGUGCUCUCAAUCAAUCCAAAAUGUUAAUAAAUCUCAAACCUGAAUAUUUAAGAAAGUAAAAGUGAGGUUUUGGCUUUCUUGGGAGAAUAUCUAUGUGUGAACAAUUAUUGGGCAACUAUUAGUGUGCAGAAUUAUUAUGCAACUAAAUGAAAAAUGAAAAUUUGCCCAUUUCACUUGUUUGUUUGCAUCUGUUAAGAAUAAUAAACAAACAACUCAAAAUGUACAAAUAAAUAUUUCUGACAUUUCAAAAAAAAAAAUCAGUGACCAAUAUAGCCACUUUUCUUUUCAAUAACAGUCAUAAGCCUUCCCUUCAUGGAGUCUGUCAGUUUCUGGAUCUGUUGUCAAUCAACUUUUUGUGCAGCAGCAACCACAGCCUCUCAGACACUGUUCAGAGAGGUGUACUGUUUUCCUUCACCGUAAAUCUCCCAUUUAAGAAGGGCCCACAGGUUCUCAAUAGGGUUUAGGUCAGGUGAGGAAGGAGGCCAUGUCAUUAUUCUUUAUCUUUAAGGACUUUACUGGCUAGCCACGCAGUGUACUUCGAUGCAUGAGAUGGAGCAUUGUCCUGCAUAAAAAUCAUGGUCUUCUUGAAAGAUGCAGACUUUUUCCUAUACCACUGCUUAAAGAAAGUGUCUUCUAAAAACUGACAGUAGGAACUUGAUUUUGAGUCCAUCUUCAACUUGAAAAGAUCCAACUACCUCAUCUUUAAUAAUACCAGCCCAUACCAGUACCCUAACUCCCCCUUGCUGGCGUCUGAGUCAAAGUGGAGUUCUGUGUUACUGAUCCAGCCACUGGCCUAUCCAUCUUGUCUGUCAAGAGUCACUCUCAUCUCAUCAGUCCAUAAAACCUUUGAAAAAUCUGUCUUCAAAUAUUUCUUGGCCCAGUCUUGCCGUUUAAGUGGUGGUUGGGUUUCAGCCUUCAUUAACUUGGCCAUGUCUCUGAGCACGGAACACCUUGCACUUCUGGCCACUCCAGGUAGGUUGCACUUCUGGAAUAUGACAGCAGUGGAGGAUAAUGGGUUCCUGGUAGCUUCACAUUUUAUUCUUCUCAAAUCUUUGGCAGUUAAUGUGUGUGUCUUCUUAACAUGUUUCUUGCAACCCUAUUGGCUAUUUGCAACACAAUGUUUGAUGGUUCUGUGAUCACACCCCAAUAUCUUAGCAAUUUCAAGAGUGCUGCAUCCCUCUGAAAGACAUUUUACAAUUUUUGACUUUUCAGAAUCAAUUAAAUCUCUUUUUUUGGCCCAUUUUGCCUGAGGAAAAGAAGCUGCCUAAUAAUUAUGUACAUUGAUAUAGGGUGUUGAUCUCCUUAGGCCACACCCUCCCUUAUUACACAAAUACACAUCACCUGAUAUGCUUAUAUCCACUACGCAUUCAAGUUUCUACAGCUUGGAGGUGGAAAAUAUGCAUGAAAAUGAUGAUAUGGUCAAAAUACUUACUUGCCUAAUAAUUGUGCACCCAGUGUAUAAUUCUAGUUCUUUAAUGGAUGGCAUAUUAUCCCAUACUAUGAAGUUAUUUAUUCACAACUAUGUGCUAGGAAACUACUAGACAUUCAUGUUGAUUAGUUAAGUCAGCCCAGUAGAAUUGGUACUAGUUCAUUGCAUCAGUUCCAAUUAUAAAUUGUGCACUUUGCUACUUACAUUUUAUGAAAUUAUUUACAAAAAUAGCAAUACUGAAAAAUUUAGUGUAGUGCUUUUGCUUACAAAAGCUAUUAUUAUCCACAGAUUAUAAUAGUCAUUAUUUAAAGGUUAACGUGUAUUUCAUUUAAAGCAGAGCAGCUUUGUGUCUAGAAUUGUUUGUGUUUAAUUGUUGAAGUUAUUACCAGUUCACAAGUCAUUUCCCCUCCUUUGGAAUUAAUAUUUUAUUAAUAUGUUGCUUCUGUUGUUAACAUAUGGUAUCAAUUCCACUUAGUGUUCUAAAUCCCCCCAAAAUUCCCUUGUGCCAAAUAAGAAACAUGAUACAUGUUGUACCUGUGACACAUUGUCUGGCUUGCAUUAAAAUAGUAUAUAGUACUCCUUGAUUUGCAUGCUGAGAUUACCAUGUCCACAGAGAAAGUGAUCCUUUAGGGAAAGGGGCAACUAGAAAAGCUUUUUUUAAAAUAUUCUGCAUUUACAUUUACAUUUUUCUUGCAAAUCAUUGUACAUUACUGAAAACAUGCUCAUGAUUUAGAAUCCUUGUAAAGGAGAUUAACCAAUUCACAGGAAUAGAUAUGUAACUAAUAGUGACCAUACUACCUCAUUAGAACUUUAGUAUUCAAGGCAGCAGACCACAGUGUAUCAGUUCUUUGGGUUGAGAAGGAGACCAGGAUAAGGUUGUCUUUGCUCACAAAAGGCAGCUAUCUGGCUACUAUUAAAAUGCAUGUGGGAUUAUAUGGUCUGUGGAUCUGAAACAGACGGGUUCAUUUUAUAGCCCAUAUUAUUCAUUUUUAGAGUCCAGGUCUUAUUAACUUGUAAAGCCAGCAUACAAUCCAACAUCACAAAAUCCUACCCAUUUCCAUUAAACUAAUCACAAUUUGCUUUGUCUUGUUUUCAUACAGUGAAAAUCUUAAUUGUGUUCUUGGCCCCAAUCACAUUUGUAAUUUAUGCUUUUAUUUAAUCCUGUAGAAAAUGCCAUUCUCUCAAGUGGUGGUGACAGAACUGCACAGCAUAAACACAAAUAUGAAGCCAUUCCUUUGAACACAAAAUACACUUUGUUUAAAAUUAAGUUUACACAUAAAAACUCAGGCUAGUUUAACAGAUCCUCUGGCUGAGUUUUAGAUUAUACUCAGAUUGUAAAACUGGUUCAUCACUUUAUUUUGAUGAUUAAUUAAUAUACUCAUGAAGCAUAUAAGGAACUUUAUUAGGAUUGCACUAUAUAAAUCUUAAACAAUGAGCAAUUUUAUGCAAAUUUUUACAUAGGAUUACGAUACAAAUGUCAUCAGUUUAAAUAUACUUCAAGUGGACACAAAACAAUGUCUUGAUUGGUAUUUAUACAAUGUUUGAAAUAGUAAUCUGGAAAUAUUAUAUAUAAUACAGAGCUGUUUAAAAUAAUCAUUUCGAGGAACAAUUUCAAUUUUAUCAAAAUCUUUUGUGCAAAAAUACUUAAUUAGACUAAAUAUAUUCUGUUUUUUUGAGUCAAUAAUAAUUACUGCCUAAAACAACAUAAUUUAGAAAUUCCCUCUAACAAUUGGUAGUUAUAUCCCUUUAAAUAUCAGUAGUCAUCUGUUAGUGUAUUUCCAUUAUUUACUCAAGACAUAUUCUCUGGAGUGUGGUUAGAGCACCUCACUUCUCCCUUAAUUCUUAACAGCUCUUUGCCAGUGUUGCACUAGGAAACCAUAGUCACUGCAUCAACAGUGCAGACCAUGUACAUACAAGAGUCAAAAACCAUGUCACCUUCUUCCAGUAUGGUGCCUAAAACAUGGGUCAGGAAUAAUGCCAGUUCUGAAGCUGGCAUAGUUAAAUUUCUUAUAGAAUAAGCUGCUAUAUAAAAAGUUAAGCUUCUUAUAUAUUUGAUUUUCAUUUUCAAAAUUUUCACUGGUGGUCUCAUUUUAAAUAAUAAAAAAGAAAAGAAAUCAUAGGCUCCAGUAACUUUACACCAUGAGCAUGAUUAAUGCUGUGGUUUUGGAACAUUAACUGCAAUGAUUUAAUAUGUGUGUGAGUGUUUUUUAAAAUAAUGUUUAGAGUUCCUACUUUAGGGAUAAGCAACUUGCGUCAGCUUUUAUUUGUUAUGUUGAGCCAUAUUCCAAAAAUGGGUAGGAAGAGGGUCCAGUGGGGGGGGAGGUACAUGGGUGUCAGUUUUGCAUUGCAACUUUAGUAAAAAAUAAAACAUUAAGAUUCUAAAUAACUAGAAUGGGUAGGAUAAGAUUUAUUUGGAGGUGACUGUCUUGACUAAGCAGAUGAACAUAUUCUGAAUCCACAACUGCUCUCAACAAUGAAAGGAAAAGCAAUGAAUUACAGUUGAACCAAUAGGGUUUUUUUAAAGUUAUGUAUUUUCUCCUCACAAUGUAAAUACUAUUUAUGUUAGAAUCGUCUUCAGUCUAAUUUGAUUUCUUGUAGACGAUUACAUUUAAUUUUGAGGAGAAUUUUAUGGAAAAUCUUUGGAAAGAAAUUCUUGCAUUUUGAAUAGCCUUAGGAUUGGAGUAACACUGCCAAAUCUUGAGUGUUUAACACAGGCACACAUCAAGUUUGAAAUAAAUAUUUUGGUUGAUAGCUCUAUUUAGGAAAAACUGGUAAAUAAUUUGUGUACUCUAUGAAAUAAGAGAAUCUAUUUUACUAGAGCAUGAUUAUUGCAAGUGAUUAACAUUAUAAAAAUAUGUUUUAUUUGCUAUAUGAUUAUACUGUGCUAUUAAAGAUACGUAUUGUGAUUUGCUCAUCUACCAACUUUUUCGUAUAUAAAUCCUUAAGAUCAUUAUAUUUUUUCAAACUGCUAUACUAUGCUAAGACAAAUUUUUGUCAUUUCAGAAUGAAAUACAAUGCAAUAGCAUGUACAUCCCUGUGUAUAUGAAUAGAAACAUUAGUGCAUUGGAAAUUAAAGGAGACAAUGCUUUAUCCAAA